GCUUAACAUGCGCCAGACGCGUAUUUUAAAAUUGGGUUCGUCAGAUUUAACGGAAAAUGUUCUGGAUGUAUGCGAUGUUGCUAUUUUUCCCAAAUCCUCACGAGAGGAGAGACGGGUUUCAAAUUGUCCUGUGAUGACUGGAUCACGCAGAUCACCGUCACUCUGA